AUGGCGGCGGUGGCGGCUGCGGAGGGGGCGGCGGUGACGGCGCUGCGGUCGGUGAUGCAAAGGGUGCAGCAGGCGGCAGAGAGGGCGGGCCGGCCGGCGGAGAGCGUGCGGGUGGUGGCCGUCAGCAAGACGAAGCCCGUGUCCGUCAUCCAACAGGUCUACGACGCUGGUCACCGCAUCUUCGGCGAGAAUUACGUCCAGGAGAUUCUCGAGAAAGCUCCCCAGGUGUGCCAUAGGUGUUCGCGUCGUCGUUCCCUUAAUUCAUCCGAUUUUCGCUCAUUUCUUCGUCGAAUUGAUUUCGAGACUCCGGAUGUUUCUUCUUGCUGGUGGUAACCUAGGGAAGGGAAAGGGGACACUAAUCAGUGCCUGCUACUACCCUCCGUCAGAGGAGUAUAUCUCUCCCCUGUCUGAUUCCCUGAUGAAAUUUGAAUCGUGAUGCGAAAAUGGACAAGCACCAUGGAUAAGCAAAGCCUGGUUGUAACCAGACCGAAGAAGAAAGAUGAUUGUAAUUCUGGAUUUAAGCACCAUUGUCUUGCUCCAAGAGGGUGCUAAGGCAAGAGACAAUUCACGUGAGAGAUAACCAGGAUUUGACUCAAAAGGUUAUCUGGUCGGGUGACGGGAUUGUGGCUUCUUAGAAUCUUGAUUAAGACGAUGAAAUCAGUAGGUCCUUUAGAACGGUGAAAAGAGAAAAGAGAAGGGAAAGAAAACGGAAUCUUACUACAUACUGAGAUACAAUGGUGGAUUAUUGGAGGGCGAGAAUGUCAGAUGGCUCUGUAAACAUAGAGAGAAGGAAAUCUGUAUUCGCAGUUGCUGACCAGAAUAGAUCUUGCUCGCCUCAGUUCUCGAUUGAAAUGGUUAAUGAAAAGAAAGUGCGGGGUUGGUGGUGAAGAUCAGUUGGGAGAUGACCAGAUUGUAAAAUAUCAAUGCAGCAGACUAAUACAACAUCUCUGCCAAACAGAAAUAACUCAUAUACAGGUGAAAGUAUUCUGAAAAUAUGUAUAAAUGGAUUAUUUAGUUGUGAACCUUAAUUUUUGAAUGGUAGUGAGACGCUAUAUGGAACAAAUAUGGCACAGAAAAAAUGGACAAGAAAAUUGUGAAAAAGAUAUUAAGGAACCAUACUUCAUCACGCUAUUGCUAUAGCCUAUAAGAUGGCUUCAAAGGCAGAUCAAAUAAAAUAUUUUGAAGUGAAAAAAUGAAACUCAAUAGAUGCCUAAUGGGUUUCCCAAAUUUAAUCUUCCAGGAAGACCUCUGGAGAUCGCAGAGAGGAUGGUGAAUUAUUUCAUGAGUUAAUGAUCUUGGAUGCUGAAAUGUGAAUUACAUCUUUACCGAAACAAAUAAGUUAUAGGCAUGAUAGGGAGAAUAAUGAUGUAUUGGUCUGGGUUUCUAACAGCAACGGAAGAUAUGCAGAGUACCUCUUCUAACCGGUCGAACCAAGAUAAUGAACAACGAAAUGCAGAGCACUUCUUUGGACGUUACCUUUAUCUGGUAGCAGAAAAAAAGAUUAUUAUUAUUUUUUCUUCCUUGAAUGAAAUUUGGAAUACAGUUGAUGUGAUUGUGAUUUCUGAACCAUGCCUUCAUUUUUUGACAAUAUCUUUCAUUUUUCUAUUUCUGUUACAGGUGGAAUUUCAAUUAUUAUUUCUUCUUAUCCUGGGAUAAUGAUCAUUCUGCCUUUUUUCAGCUUCCUGAUGAUAUUCAAUGGCAUUACAUCGGAAACCUUCAGAGCAACAAGGCCAAAGCUCUUCUCGGUAUUUUUCUAUAUUUAUUUGCUUGGGUUUAUGUGCUGAAAUAGUUUUUGCCCUUAGAAAGGCAGUCGUACGUGAACAUUUCUCGGGAGAAUUUUAAUGCUAAUGAUGAAUGUUAGGCAGUGAUCUAAAUUCUAUUGGGUCACACUGUUUUACUAUUUACAAUUUAUUUGUCUACUUGUUUCUCUGCCAGAGAAGCACUUGCGUUUGACUUUUUCCUUGUUGAUUUAGGUUGUCAAUUAGCCGCCAUCCAAUGUAAAGGCUCCUCUUUCUUGGCCCUUGUUUCUGAUACCUUUCAAAAUUCAUGAAUAUUUACUUUCUUGUCCACAAGGUUGCAUCAAUAUUCGACAAAAUGUAUUUCUCCUUCAUCAAUAUUCGACCGAUUGUAGUGCUCUCUUGGGGUUUAUAGCAAACAUUUGGGCUUAAGUUGACCUUGGUACAAACAGUAAAAUUCUUACUUACGAGACUCUAACAAAACAUUAAAUUCCUCAUUUUAUUUUGCAGCCGGUGUUCCAAAUCUUUGCAUGGUUCAGAGCGUAGAUGAUGUCAAGGUAGGCUAAUGUUCCUUUAUUGUCUUUGAUUAGCAGCGUAUAUCCGUGGUAUUCUGCUUCAUCUUAAAAGUGCUUCUUUUCAAACGUUUACAACUGAUCUUCAUUUGUACAUGCGCUGGUGCACUCAGCGAAAACUUCAGAUGAUGAGUGGGACUCUCUGUCCACUAGCUAGCUUGAGCCUUUGACUUUUAGGACACUUUCCAGUCAGAAGGUCAGCUGAAGUCCAUUUUUUAGAGAAAUACUGUAAACGGACCUAAAAAGAGCUUUUGCCUUCAUAGAACGGGUAAAAAGAGGUUUACUUCUGAGUUUUACCAGGAAAAUGACGAAGAUCAGAAACUCUGCUGCUUCUCCCUGAAUGAUAUCAUGAAUGAGAUCAUGAGUGGGUUAUCCAAGAUUUUUACCCGUACUGCUAAAAAUAUCAACAAGAUUCGCCUGGUCGAUGAGAACUUACUUCUGUGAGUUUGUUGCUGCACAGGCAUAAUUUGAUGGGAAGCAAGGAAUAUGGAUUAAAUGAAGGUGCAGGUGAUCUCACCAAUCUAGGGAACAGGAAUUUAUUGUAUUUUACGCAUAUCACAUGUGGAUAACUAUAUGAGAGUUCUAUUCCCGUUGAAUGUCGAAUUCACGAAGAAAUUGGUAUCUUCGGAUGAAAGAACCAUGAAUCAAAGCAAGAAACACCUCCCAUAAGCCCAUCCAUCGAACCUUUUAGUUGAUUGGGUUGAAACAAGGAGUCACACGGGAGAAUUUCGACGGUAACCAGGUUUUCUGUUCACGAUGGUGUUUUCCUCCUCUGUUUUAUUAUUCUCGAUUAAAUAUACUGGCAAUGCAAUGUGUGUUUAGCCCAUUGUCAGCUGUCGGCCUACUUCUUCCUCCUGUGUACAGAUUGCCAAUUAUCUCGAUCGAGCAGUUGCUAGCAUCGGGAGGAAGCCUCUGAAAGUCUUGGUUCAAGUCAACACCAGCGGAGAAGAAUGUAAGUUAGAACACAACGUUUCCUCAGUGCCACGGCGUUGCCCUUCAUUUUCUAUGAAUCAUAUCACUCUAUAUGCUGCACUUUACUUAAAAAAAAAGACAUGCCACGCUUGUUUUGGUCAACGGAAAACCAUUGCCCAAACCCCACAAGUUAGGAUAUUAAGAUCUAACAAAAAUGAUCCGAGUCCCAUUUUUCUUCAUAAAAAGAAAUGUGCAUGGCAUGAAUGUUCAUCUGGGAUCCUUUCUUUGAACUGCUCAUCAUACUUUCAUUCCUUGACUGUCAACGAUUUCGCUCGUACCUACUUUGGCAGCCAAGUCCGGCGUACACCCCACGGGCUGCGUCGAACUGGCCAAGCACGUCAAGCUGAGCUGCCCGAAUCUCGAGUUCUCCGGCCUCAUGACGAUCGGGAUGCUUGAUUACACCUCCACCCCAGAAAAUUUCAAGGUUUCGCCCCGCUGUCUCCUUCAUAUUCAAUAAUAGUAUCAACGCAAGAACAAUAGUGAUGGCGGUAACAAUGGUUCCUCUAUUCCUAGUGCAGACGCUGGCAAACUGCAGGCUGGAGGUGUGCAAGGCGCUGGGGAUCCCAGAGGACCUCUGUGAGCUAUCCAUGGGGAUGUCUGGCGACUUUGAGCAGGCGGUAAGAACAGUUCUUCCUUCAGGGUUAGGGUUCGGGGGGUGUGAUGGAGGACGGGGACUGAUGGAUUCCUGUGUGAGGGUAAUGCCUGCAGAUCGAGAUGGGCAGCAACAAUGUUAGAAUCGGGUCUACCAUAUUCGGCCCAAGGGAGUACAAGAAGAAGGAGGAAGCCCAGGGAUGA